CAGUGGUGAUCCUAAACGCCUGGCAGGUCUUUGCCCUUCUGAUCGAUGUGUCACACAGCGAGGGGCUGUCAGCACCCCCCGCCACAGGCCGAACAACGGACAUCAGCACCGAUUCACCAAACCCCACUCCUCUUGUAGGAGGAGGAGGAGGAGGAGGUGAGAGGGCAGAGGGAGGCCAAGAGGAGAGGCAAGUUGUCCGGGAACUGUGGUUCAUUGUAGUGAUGGCAGGCAUUGCCCUACUGCUGCUCGCCAUCGUGCUAGCUGUUGUGCUUCAUAAGGCCCUGAACAAACCCCCAUUCAGCAGAGAGAGACCUCCAUUGGUGGCCCUGCCCAUGCAGAAGAGGAGUCCCAUGGCUAUCUACCCACCCAGCAACUCUAUGUUGUUUGAUACUGUGCCUGACACAACAGGCUUCUCCAACAGUGUAACGCUCAAGGCCUUCACCAUGAAGAUGGAGGAAGUGCUGGAAGCUAAAUGUGAGCCUGGAGACGAGGAUCCUCCACAGGGUGAGUUGGGCAUCCUCAGUGUGAACUCCCUGAGGCGCAGCGUCAGCCAGGUGAUGGAUGGGAAGUCACUCACUGGAGACGAUGACGUGUGGGAUCCCAACAUUUCAGGCCAUGACAGUGGGAUGUUUAUGGAUGAUGAAGAAUUUGUUGAUACAAUCAAAGGUUUCAGCACUGUGAGGAAGGAGCACACCAUGUUCACCGACACUAACCUGUGACCUGGCGGCAGGGACGGCAACAUACUGAACAAGACUCUUAAAAUGCUUAAAUCCACCCUUUUUCAUGUUCAGCUAAAGCGUCAUAGCAGCUGGCUAACAGUUCUCUCAAGAUGAGCCACAGCUGCAGUAAAGAGGGGAAAAAAAAGUAAGAGGUGCCCAAUGGGAUUCGUGACAAGAACAGUGAAAUGACUCUGUGAAGGAAGGAGAAGGGAAAUGUUCUGUUAUUCAAACAUUACAGAGUGGAAGGUGGAAGCAGCUGCUUGUGUGGAAGGAAAACUAGGACGUGUCUGACAUCACCACUGGACACACAGAAUUAAAGAAAAAAAAAUCAAAGAUACAGACACGUACGUUUGUUAUUUAUAUCAAAGCUUUCCUGCCAUUUUCCGCUGUAAACCCUUUGAAGUCAUGCUGUAUUUGGAUGCUCUGUUAAAAAAAUCUCUUAUUUAAA